UUUGUUUUGUUUAUAAAUAUGUGUGUUCUGUCUCUUUAUUGUUAUGCGAUUUGUUUUGUACUAUUGCAUUGCACAUUUUUUGCUAAAAAAUCGCGAAUUCAUUCGUAUACAAUGCGUUUCAAUCAGAUAUUACGCUUACAUUUGUCCAGCAAAAAUUGGGCCACUAAACAACAGUAUGUGCCUAAACAUAAUCCGGUGCUGGAGGAGGAUAUCAAACGUCUGCAGGAUUUCCUGAUGUCAAAGCCCAAUAUUGUUGUGCUAACUGGUGCUGGAAUUUCAACAGAGUCUGUGUAAACAUCGACAGGCAUACCCGACUACCGAUCUGAGGGUGUUGGUCUAUACGCACGCACUAACCACAAACCCAUACAACACAUGGAAUUUGUACGCUCCGCCGAUGUGCGUCAACGCUACUGGGCACGCAAUUUUGUCGGUUGGCCAAAAUUUUCAUCUACACAGCCCAAUCAUACGCAUCAUGCGGUGGCACGUUUUGAACGCGAGGGACGCAUACAAGCGGUGGUUACACAGAAUGUCGAUCGGUUGCACACGAAAGCCGGUAGCAAGCAUGUAACAGAGUUACACGGCAGUGGUUAUGUGGUGAAAUGUUUAACGUGUGAAUAUCGCAUCGAUCGACAUGAAUUCCAGGAUAUAUUAAACAGUUUAAAUCCGGAAUUUCGUGAUGCGCCAGAUAUGAUACGACCAGAUGGUGAUGUGGAAAUUCCAGCCGAGUACAUUGCCAACUUUCGCAUACCGCCAUGUCCGCAUUGUAGCGGACAUCUGAAGCCGGAGAUUGUUUUCUUUGGUGAUAAUGUACCAAAGCAACGUGUUGAGCAGAUCGCGGAAAUGAUUUAUAAUGGCGAUGGGUUGUUAGUGCUCGGCUCCAGUUUGCUGGUAUUUUCUGGCUAUCGCAUGGUGUUGCAAACGAAAGACCUUAACCUGCCAGUUGCGAUUGUAAAUAUAGGCGAAACGCGUGCUGACCAUUUAGCGGAUUUAAAGUUGUCUGCCAAAUGUGGUGAUGUGUUGCCAAAGUUGUUUAAUUUUAAAAACUAAAUGUUAAAAAUAUGUAUGUAACAAAUGUAGGACAAUUACAUUAUACGUUAAAUGUAUGUAUAUUUGUGUCGAAAUGUUUGUUGUGUCUUUAUUAAGCGGUUAAUAUUACAUUACUCACAUAAUUAAAAAAAAACAUUAAAGCCGGUCAUGUAUUA